UGCGACAGGUGGAGCGAGCGGCGCCGGGCUCUCAGCCAUGUCCGCGGAGGGUGCGGGGCUGGCGCCGGGGCCGGGGCCGGGGCCGGGGCCGGGGCCGGGGCCGGGACCGGGGCCGGGACCAGGGCCCGGGGCCGAGCCGGGGCCGCUCUGCCCCGAGCACGGCCAGGCUCUGAACUGGUUCUGCGGCUCCGAGCGGCGGCCCGUGUGCGCCGCCUGCGCGGGGGUGGGCGGCCGCUGCCAGGGGCACCGCAUCCGUCCAGCCGAGGAGCGCGCCGAGGAGCUGCGGAACAAGAUCGUGGACCAGUGCGAGCGGCUGCAGUUACAGAGUGCUGGCAUAACCAAGUAUGUGGCCGAGGUCCUGCCAGGGAAGAACCAGAGAGCAGUGAGCAUGGCCAGCGCAGCGAGGGAACUGGUUAUCCAGCGGUUGAGUCUGGUGAGGAGCCUGUGCGAGAGCGAGGAGCAGCGGCUACUGGAACAGGUGCAUGGUGAAGAGGAGCGGGCCCACCAGAGCAUCCUGACACAGCGAGUCCACUGGGCCGAGGCCCUGCAGAAGCUUGACGCCAUCCGCAGCAGCCUGGUGGGCAUGCUCACCCAGCUGGAUGACCUGCAGCUGAUUGAGAAGGAGCAGGACAUCUUUGAGAGGUCGGAGGAAGCAGAGGGCAUUUUGGAUCCCCAGGACUCAGAGAAGUUAAACUUCAAUGAGAAGUGCACCGAGAGCCCACUACUGACCCAACUCUGGGCGACGGCCGUUCUUGGCUCCCUCUCAGGCACAGAGGACAUACGGAUUGAUGAGCGGACUGUCAGCCCCUUCCUGCAGCUGUCAGAUGACCGGAGGACCCUGACCUUCAGCACCAAGAAGUCCAAGGUCUGUGCAGACGGCCCGGAGCGUUUUGACCACUGGCCCAAUGCCCUGGCUGCCACCUCCUUCCAGGCCGGGCUCCACGCCUGGGUGGUGAACGUGCAGAGCAGCUGCGCCUAUAAGGUGGGCGUGGCCUCGGGCCAGCUGCCCCGCAAGGGUUCUGGCAAUGACUGCCGUCUGGGCCACAACACCUUCUCCUGGGUCUUCUCCCGCUACGACCAGGACUUCCGCUUCUCCCACAACGGGCAGCACGAGCCCCUGGGGCUGCUGCGGGGCCCGGCCCAGCUGGGCGUGCUGCUGGACCUGCAGGCGCAGGAGCUGCUCUUCUACGAGCCGGCGUCGGGCGCUGUGCUCUACACCCACCGCGCCGCCUUCCCCGCGCCCCUCUUCCCCGUCUUCGCGGUGGCCGACCAGACCAUCUCCCUCGUGCACUGACCUCUGGCCACAGGGAGGCCAGCUCCUCCUCGCCGCACCCUUUCGGGGCACUGUUCUUUCUCAAAUGGUGUGUGUGUGUGUGUGUGUGUGUGUGUGUGGCUAAGGGAAACAGGCCCAGGCCCACUGGUUAGCUCCGGGAGGGGUGACGAUGUGACCCAGCUGGACCCAGUGUUUAAGUGCUGGGUACCCGGGGAGAACCUGCUGCUUCCUGGGUCUUCGUCUUCCAAAACCACCAUGCACCUGCCACUCCCAGGCUGUUUAUCUCUGGCAUCCGCAUGGUGCCUGGCGUGUAGAGUGCAGGAAGAAUGAGGUGAGUGGAUGGAUGGAUGGAUGGAUGGACAGAUGGGGAGGUGGGGCUGCACAGUGACUGGGGGACGUGGUAGGCUCCGGGGUAGCACUGUGAAUCCCCGCCCCAGCGUCAGUGAGCAGAAGAGGUUCUCUGGCAGAUGCCUCCGGCCUCUUAGGAUGCAAAGCACAAAACCGGGCUUCUUUCAUAACAUGGCAUGCAGAGCAAUGUUUGUGUAGCUCACAGGACAGGCUGGACACAGGGCUGGCCUGGCGGUCAUGUCCUCUGCCGAGGCGGAGGACCAAAGUGUCCCAUUAACAGGUGGUCUGAGUGCCAUCAGCCUGGGCCUCAGACCUGGCGGCUGAGUGGAGUCCCCACCGACAGUGGAAGCCGAGAUGAGGGCUCCAGGUCAGACAGAGCCGAGGGCUGGCCUUAUGGAUCACAGACAUCAUUAAAGGUUUCAAAAGAUUGAAAGUUU